AUGCCUCUCGAUCACUUCGGUUCGUCAAAGGGACAGAAGCAUUUUCGCAACCGGUACUGGGUCAACAAGAGUGCAUAUAAACCCGGUGGUCCCGUGUUCAUCUACGAUACGGGUCAACAAGAUGCAUCGGGUGUUGCUCCGGAUAUGCUGUCGAACGACCAAAGCGUUUUCAAGCAACUCUACAGACAGUACAACGGCAUUGGCCGGUUCAAAGUCUCAGGCAUCAAGGAGACACUCACUCCUAACAAGACACCAUGGAUUUAUGUCGGUCCCUCGUAUGCAGGAUUUAGGGCUGCACAGAUGCGCAGAUUGUACCCUGAUACCAUAUACGCGUCGUGGGUUUCAUCAGCUCCCGUCGAAUUCAGAAUCGACGCGAGCGCCUGGUAUGAUCCAAUUUGGAAAGGCUUGAACUCCCUGGGAUAUGGAAAUUGCACUGCGGAUAUACAGGCUGCGGUCCGACACAUUGACGGAGUACUUGAUCAGGGCAAACCGGAGCAAACGCAAAAAUUGAAAGAGAAAUUCCUGGGUUUAGGAGUCAACGGCUCAGAUAGUGGAUUUGCCACCGCUCUUUCUAUCGUAACCUGGCAAUUCUGUAGCUGGAUGGAGAUUGAGCCUGAAACAAACAAAACGGCACCAGCGGGUGGUUGGGCUUCGGUAAAAGGCGCCGAAUGGGUGGUAGACAGAUGGGCUGCAUACCCAUGGUUUGUGGACAUGGUCAACGGACAGUUGCCGCUCAACUGUUCAGGCUCUUUGACCACAAGAUCAGACGAGUGCCAGCUAGACGGCUUCGCUACCGACCCCACCUCAAUCGCCUCCAACUGGCAAACUUGUUUAGAAACAGGAUUGUACUUAGGCGCCAACCUAGGCCCCCACCAACUUGUCUCCAAGUAUCUUACGUUGGAAUACUCGAUGUCGGCAUGCCCAUCGUAUUUCCCUAAUGCGCCCGCUGAUCUUCUUCCAACGACGACCAAUGUCGACAAAACUAAUGCUGCCUAUGGUGGAUGGUCUAUUCGCCCUUCAAACACUUUCUUUGCGGUUGGUGAACUCGAUCCUUGGAGGAUAGUUUCCAUCGCAUCUGAAGAAUCCUAUGCGCCCAAGGGCGUUAAAAUAACACGAAAGAUUCCAAAGUGCGGAGAGAGCACUGGCCCGAACAAGGUGUUUGGUAUAGUGCUGAAAGAUGGAGUACAGGUCACCGACCUCAGAGAUGACAUUUAUGAUGUUCCUGAUUCAGCUGUGGCCCAAGAGCUUUUCAAGAGCGCUUUGACAGAGUGGCUGGAAUGCUUCAAACCCAAGCCAUGA